GGCUAACAAGGUUGUUUCUGACAGUUAUUUAACUAUCGAAUCAAGUCCGCUCUCUGCAGGGCCAGCGUGCUAAAAACAAUUAGCCCCUCACGAUGGUGGACAGGAGCAGCAGAGCCAAUCCCUAAGCGCCCAUAUCGCGCACAUCAGACUACGCAUAGUGUGCAGCUGAACACGGUUGGGUUGGGCGCACCACAACCUACAAACAGGCCUGCAUGAAGAACAUCACUAACUAUGCAGUCGCAGCCCUUCGAACCCCCACAUUGCCGUCGGCGAAUUGGGUUGAACCAGAACUUUUGAUAUUGCUGGAGCUUGCAUGUUUAUGGAUCCAAUUGGCUGAUCACAAUUAGCUGCAGACCAGUUUUCUUCCCGAUAACGCUGCACUAACCUCAACGCGCAUUCCGCUCCAUCCAAAAUGUUCAAGGAUGAGGAUGAGAUAUCCAUGCAUGACAACGAAAGCCUAAGAAACACUUCUACUACCGCUCAUUCCAUGCUGCAAGCCCUCGAGGCUGGACUUAGUGGCCUACCAUCACCACCACCCCUCUUUCUACCGACCCACACUCCCCAGAUAAGCCCUAUGGGAGUGUAGUCUUUCUAUGUAUGUAUAUAUAUUAAUGAUGUCCCUCUCAAGCGCCGACCUUCUGCACUUAGUGCUACGCUCCACUGAAGGGUCUUUCUGUCUGUUUCCGGACCCAGUUACCAUGAAAGUGGCCGAGUAAUGACAACAGCGUCGAUGGAGCAAGUGGGCUCGGGGCUCAAGCAAUGGCUCGCUUGCUUGACAUGUAUCUGGCAUCAGGGCGAUGAGCAGGCUCAUGAGCGUCCUGUUGCUGAUAUGGGAGUCGCGCGAGAGAUGAAACUAUGUCACGAUCAACCUCAUCUUGUCCCGCCAAUGAAGCUUGUCUUUUAUGAUGACCUUCCAGGCCCAGGUCGCUCUCGUUCAUCAAGCAUAUCUCAUUGGGUUUCUGAGGGCUGGACCCUCGCAUCCAAAGCAACCGAUCGAGUAUCUACCGGAAGGAAAUCCACCAAGCGCAGCUCCCACACUCCCACAAUCAGCGGCCCUUCGGACUUCAGAAGACUUAACCCUCCCACUUCUCGCCUUGAACCUUUCCGUCCCCUAGAACUCAGCAUCUAUCAGCCAGGGAAUCGACUAUCAGAUCUACCGGAGUUCGACGUAUUCGAUAUUAACAUCCCUAACAAGUUUGAAUCGUCUGGCCCCAAACCACCACCGAAGGUCUUCUCGCCUCUCGAUAGUUCCUCCAUCCAUAGCGCUCCCGUACCGUCGUUCAAGGUCCCUAGAAAGCCAGUUGGUUCCAUAUCACGCAGGCCACUGUCAGUCAGCGACCGCAUCGAAGUGCACGACCAUCGACCUCAACCUCCUGAGCGUAUUCUCGACCCUGCUCCGGGGAUUUCUGCAGACAAUAUUAAGGCUCGCAACAAUACUCAUGCGCGGCAGUCACGAACAGAAAGUGAGCCGCUGAAUGCUAACAAUAGCCUCAUAAUUGAACAUGAGAAACAGCCACCCGUCACAAGCAGUUCAACGGAGAUGGGCGACUUACCAUUCCCCUCUCCGCCAGUAAAUACUAUCGGAAUGGAAUCGCAGAUAGACCUUAUCUCGUUCAACGGCCAACCAAAAAAGAGAAGCAACCCCCGAUCUCAUAAAGUCGCCCAAUGGCUCUUCCCCAAACCUCCAUCCUCUACCUCAGAUCCAACAUCCCAAGCCGCCUGGACCCCAUUGACUUCACGUCCUCGGCAAGCAAGCCAAUCAACAAUACACUCCCGCACCCUCAGCGGCUCGACCGCUUCAUCAGCAAACAACUCGUCCAUGACCGCGUGCUCUAGAAGGACCCCAUCGCUCUCCAGUGCCAUAACCGCGACAACCGUCCAUCCCCCACCAUCUAUUCCAGGGACGCUAGACAACGAGGCCGAGGCAACUAGAACAACGAUCGGAUUCAACAUGUCCCACGGCAACAGCAACAAGUUGUUUGCUUCUCGUCUGGAAGAACCUUGCCCCACAGUCUACGAAGCUGAUCACCACCACUUCCAUCAUCAAUGCCAUUUUGAUGAGAAUGACAAGUUCCUCGUCACUUCGGAACAUACGUGCCCUGUUGAUUUUAAACCGGAUCGGAUCGGCAUGGCUUUUUAAUUUUCGUUUCAUCAUCGGUUUCAUGACAACGCCUAUCUGUGUCGAAACAACACACAGCCAGCCAUGAAGCUAAUCUUUUACGCUUUGGGGGGCUUCACCGGUUUAUCAGACCCCGAGCUACACCUUAUCCAAAGUAGAAAAAUAAAAAGACUGUUUAUUUCCUUGCACGAAACGUAUUAUUUAUGAAAACCACACAAGCCACAUCAUUCUCUCCGUAUCAUGCGAUUCCCUUGUUUAUUUAACAUACCCCUUAAGUACACCCUUUUUUAUUCCGGAACAAUAUACUUCUCUACCCCUUACCGGUUCACAUCCUCAUAUCGCGUCAGGUUUCGGCUACAAGGCCAAACUUGUGAUCACACUCCCCCUACGCUAGGUUACUACAGUCUUCCUAUCCUAAUUAACGUCCUUGUCACAUAUGCGCAUUAUGGUUUGGAGGGGAUAUGUUUUAGUGGUAUAAUCCCCAUGUUCGUUUGGUCAUUGGUCUUAGAUGGAUGACCAACUGGUUGGACAGGGCCGGUAGGAUUGGGUCUGGGGAGGGCUAAACUUCGCGAUUUUCUUUUCUGGCUGCUUUACCUUUUAUUUUUUUUUUCAUGUUUUUCAUUAUUUUUUCAUUUUUUCAUUUUUCAUUUUUUAGUUUAUAUUUUUUAUUAAUUUAUCCUUUACUGCCAUUCUUUCUAUUCAAAGAUGUCUGUUGUAUAUGAUUUUAUGAUUACACCUCUUUGAAAAGCUAAUUAGCGAUUAAAUAUACCCCUUUUUUUGCGAGCUUUGUCCCUUCGUUCAAAAUAUUAUGACUAGUU